CGCCACCGUACUUUAGUGUAUGAUCACUGUGGGGUUCAAGAUAGGGGUUAACGCUUGAAAUUAUUCCCUACACUAUUAAGUGAACAUAAUAGAUCAUUUAGCACCUGGCUAAAAGAUCAAGUAAUUAGUGAGCUUCAAGAUCCAUAAAAUUCCAUUUCUGAGCGAAUUAAGAGUUUAGCUAGAGGACCCAAUUUCAGGGUUUGCUUUUAUUCUGCAUGUGUAUAAUGGUUGCACGUUCUACACUGAGGAGCAAGAUAAAAUCAGUACUAUGCAGAAUAGCGGGGUAGUUGUUGAGGCGGAAGCUAUGCACUUUGCGAGUGCUAAAGACAAUAGUCUUACCUAUGGUAAAAUGUGGUAUUAUGGUAUCAUUGAACAAAUCAUUGAGAUGCACUACAAUGGCUUUACAAUACCAAUAUUUAGAUGCAAAUGGGUAAAUAAAACAGUGGAGUUGAAUAUGAAGAUAUAGGGUUUACUUUGGUUAAUUUUGAUAAGCUUGGUUUUGAGGAAGAUCCUUAUAUCUUAGUUAGCCAAGAAAAACAAGUUUUUUACAUGACUGAUCCGGCUAAUAAGAAAAGAUCUGCUGUUAUAAAACCAAGAUCCAGGCAUGAAAUUAAUGACGCCUAGGAUGAUGACAUUGAGUUGGAGGAAGGUUUUUCCACAAAUGUGAUUCAAGUUGAUGAUUUCAUUGAUGAUCAUGGGGAGGAUUCAUUAACAUAUGUGCGUGAUGAUCAUAGUGAAGGCAUGUGGGUUGAUAGUGAUGAUGAGGGUGUAUCUCGAAAGCGUCGUCGGAAAAAGAAAUAAGGCUAAUGGCAAGAAAGAAAAAGCAGGUACACCAACCUGAAGGCAAUGAGGAUGAAGAUAAUUCUGAUGUUGAACGACUUAGCCGUGAAGAUGAAAGGGGUCAUACGGUACUUGCUGCUGUUGGAAAGGCAAUUCAAAAUGGGACCAAGAUCCCUUUAGAGUGGGACCCUAUAACUAAGUUUCCAUGCGGGGAACAUAGACUAACCUUUUCUGGCUAUAUUGGUGUAAUUGUUCGGGAACGAGUAUGCAUCACUUAUGAAUCAUGGAAAAAAGUUCCAAGAGCUCUCUUAGAUGAUUUGUAUGAAAUAAUAAAGUAAGGUUUUGUAGUCUUAGAAGAGCGUAAGGAGUAUAUUUUACAGCAAGCAGAUGACAGGUGGAGAGCUUUUAAAACCCGGUUGAGAAGAGAUUGGCUAUACCAUAAAAAAAACUGGAAGGUUAAGAGAAAAGCCACCAGAUUGGAAAUAUCCUUGGAUCACUAAAGAUAUUUGGGACAAAUUUGUUACAAUGAGUAUUGAUGAUAAGUUCAAGGCGGUGAGCGAAUGUAGUCGAGCAAGGUCAAAGCUUAAAAAUUCAAGCUAUCGUGGAGGCCCACUUGGUUACCAAUACUAUCGAGAUGAGAUAGCAAAAGAAUUCUUGAAAAAAGGGAUCCAUAUUAACCAUGUGCCUCGACACAAGACUUGGUUGAGAGCUCAUUCACAUUUCAAAGAUGAAAAAUAUACUUUUAAGAAUCCAAGAUGCAAUUGUAAGAAUUUUCAGAGAGGAGAAAUUGUUUUCGAGAACCGACGUGAUGAUAUUUUAGCUCGAGCACUGAAAAAGGCGGAGCGUGGAGGUCAUGUAAGGGGCGUUGGAUCAGGUAUAACAAAGAAGCAGUGCUUUGGUUUUGCAAAACCAACACCACGUAGCCAAUUGCACAAUGAACUUAAUUGUGUCAGGUCAGAGGUGGCAAUGCUGAAAAACCAAAAUAAUGUCAUAAUGUCUUAUUUGUUGUCGGGCCAAAACAUAGAGGAGUUUAAGCAAUUGAUGGCCAGCGGUGUUAGUAGCCAGUCUAGUGUUCCCACUGGUCAAGGCAAUGGCUCUGGCCAACCUAAUAGUACUUAUGCUCAGCAAGAAAAUGUUACCCAAGUUACUAGUUCAUCCGAAUUUGGACCAGAUACAGGAUUUUUUACCGAGCUUCUACAUGGAGGUGUUAAUCAAGGUGGCCAAAGUGCUAUAUUUUCUCAAGGAAAUCCAUACUCUCGGCCUCAAGAGUUUCAAGAAACGGAAUACACUCGGCCUCAUAAUGAAGAACAAGAACAUGAGCUUGAGCUUUACCAAGUUUCUUGGCCCGAUACUACUAAUGCUAACUCACCACAACAUGGAAAUUGUAGUGUUCCUUGGCUCGAUACAUAUGACACUCAACCUAUUAGCAACCUUCCUGAGGGUAUGCAUGACUGUUGCUUAGCAAGUGAAGAUAACAAAGAAAUCCAUAUUGUUGCAAUUGGGCAAGUUUACAUAUCAGGGUCGACAUUAGUGGUAAAGAAUCACUUUUUUGAUUUGGCCCCUGGUACUCAUCGAGUCUCUGUAAUUGAUGACCUAGUGCCAACAGCAUUACUUCCAUGUCCUACUGAGCUUUUCACCUUUGUCUGUCAAUCAAAGGAUAGUUUUGUUCCCUGGCCGACUCAUUUAAUUUUCUCAAAGAAAAAGUGUACAAAAUUCUCUAAGGUUAAUAAUCAACUUAAAGACAAGGAGAAUACCCCUAUAUCGAGAUUGCCAUCCAAACAAGCUUCAUCUAAAAAGACAUAUAACAUCACUAAUAAAGAUCGUGCCAUGGUAACCUCUGGUUUAUUGGAAGCUUUUAAGAAAGAAGCUAUAGGAUUGAGACAGAGGAAUGGGGCCAUAAUUUUGAACAUCCCGUUCAAUGUUUUACACAACGAGAUGGUAAUUCGACUUGAUUAUGAAGAUAUAUUUGAUUGGUGUUUUCAAAGAGAGGUAGGGUCAUCUCACAUGUCGAUUUUCAUGAGGUACCUGAGCGAAGAGUGUCAAAUGGAGAGUAUAUCAGGGUUGUAUGGUUUUUGCGAUGUUAAUUUUGUUUCUCCGCUGACCCCGACAGAAGGAGUUCGAACUGACUAUUUAUGUAAUGUUCUUGGGUGCAAUGGUGGAAAAAACAUUAAUCAAAUAUUCUUUGCUCCAUUGCAGGAUCAGUAAGUUAUGUUAUUUACUGAUCAUUGGAUAUGCUAAUGUAUAUUUUAUGUAGUCAGCAUUGGAGGUUAGCUGUCAUAAGUCCGUGGCGUGGAGCUGUAUUCUGGCUUGAUCCAGCCGGAGCCGAAAAUGAAAUUCUUGAAUUUGCUCGACAGACCAUUAAUGCCGGAAUGGUGAGCUUCAGUGUUAUUCAUCGAAAGGAUAUCAAGAAAAUGAAAAAAAAAACCCAGAAGUUUUGUGGCUUAAACCACAAUGUCCACGUCAAUAUCAAGACACCAAAGAUUGUGGAUAUUAUGUAUGCUGCUACAUGCAAGAGAUAAUAACAAGGAGACAACAAGUAGUUCCAGAAAAGUACUUUCCCCAAGCUCCCGCUACUUAUCAUCAAGAAAUGAUAGACGAAAUACGAGACACUUUGGUUACAUAUGUUUUUAAGCAAAAAGAAGUCAGUGAUGAUGGUAUGGCUGAUGAUCAUGAAUGAUUAUUGCACAUUUUUAAACAUCGUAUAUAUUUUUUGGGAUACAAGGAUUUUUUCUUAUGGAGGCCAAUGAUUAGAGUUUACACUUCGGAGAAUUUUAGGUUUUGUUUUAUUAUUAUUUUUUUAUUAGAAAAAGGAUAGUGAUGCUUAGUGAAUUAUUGGAUACAUAAUGUACAGUGUGUAAUUAAAUAUAUUUAGUGAAGUAUUAAAUUAUUCAGCCCUAUUUGAUAUUGUUGUGGUUAUUUAAUAUUAAUUACUACAGGUAUACAGGUACAUAUAUACUACAGGUACAUAUAUAUUAAUAUUAAUAUGAAGCAA